CAAGAAAAUCAGACUUCCAGAGUCACCUUCACCCUCCUGGGCUUCUCUGAGUAUCCAGACCUCCAGGUGCCCCUGUUCCUGGUGUUCCUGGCCAUCUACACCAUCACUGUGCUGGGGAACCUGGGCAUGAUCCUGACCAUCAGGGUCAAUCCCAGACUCCACACCCCCAUGUACUUUUUCCUCAGUCACCUGUCCUUUGUUGAUUUCUGUUACUCCAGUGUAGUGACUCCCAAGCUCCUAGAAAACCUGAUAGUGGAAGACAGAACCAUCUCCUUCACAGGAUGCAUCCUGCAGUUCUUCUUAGCCUGCCUAUUUGUGGUGACAGAAACAUUCAUGUUGGCAGUGAUGGCCUAUGACCGAUUUGUGGCAGUUUGCAACCCUCUCCUCUACACAGUGGUGAUGUCCUCUAAGCUAUGUUCCCUGUUAGUGGGUGUAUCAUACUUUUGGGGGCUGACAUGUUCCCUCACACUCACUUACUUCUUACUGAAAUUAUCCUUCCGGGGAAAUAACAUCAUUAAUAACUUUGUCUGUGAGCAUGCUGCUAUUGUUGCUCUCUCCUGCUCUGACCCCUACAUCAACCAGCAGAUCAUUUUCUUUUCUGCCACAUUCAAUGAA